AGAGAAUGAGUGGCAGCCAGGAAAAGCAAUGCUGGUGGGAAAAGGCGCUCUAUUCUCCCCUUUUUCCUGCGUCACAGUGUGAAGAGUGUUAUACAAAUGCCAAGGGCGAGAAUGGUGUAGGAGAAUUUGCAGAUGUAAAGGAAGUAUCCAAUGAUGAUGAACAUCUUUUAGAUUUUAAUAUGGUUUCUUCUGUUUAUGAAGCAAGAUGUGCAGAUGAUAUAAAUGCUGAGGCAAAACCAAAUGGCUUCAGGAAGAAGAUCUACUCCAGUGAUAGCUCCAGCUCUGAAGACACAGCUUCAGAAGGUGGAAGUGAAUGGGCUGAUCCAUGUGAGGAGGAGCUUUUUUCUCGAACUCAACUCUAAAAACUGCAGAGUAGAACAGAUGAUUUAAAAGUAACAUGAGAUGGAAAACUAUCCUUCUUGAGGGUCUGUAGCUCUAAAACAACAACUUGAGUUUCCUCUUCAGUUAAUGGAUUCAGAUGUGUAUUUAUCUUUCUCUUCUUGCUUAUUUUAUAGAUGAGGACACAGCUGUCCUGUUGAAGAUUUUUUUUUCCCCCCAAAAAAACCUGUUAAAUUCUUGGCUAUUUGAACUAGACUAGAUUGUGUUGUCAAAUCAAGAAUGGAUGUGCAUGUGCUUGUCUUAGUAGUACCACUGCUUUUUUGCAUCUUAAUUGCAGUUAUUUUCAUUCGUAACUGUAGCCCUACCACUAUUACUAUCUUCUUAGCAUUGCAGUGUCUACAACUACUUCUGCUAUUCAGAGACUUCAGCUUUCUGCACAUCAGGCUUUGUUCUUUAAGAACUGGGAGAUAAAUACUUAACACUGUAAUCUAUCAGUGCCUUUCUGAAUGCAGGAGAAAAGCAUGAAUGACUUGUCCAGUCUUCAUCCAGUAAAUCUCGUAACUUUGAAGUAGGAACAACAGGGUUGUGCUUUAGAGACUUACAGAAACUGUGUUUUCUAUCCUAUGAUUCCCCCCUCCCGCAAACCAACACUGAGGAUACCAUGGUUUGUAUUUUUGCUAACUGGAGAAGCCAAGGAUUUUUUGUAGGUAUGGAGGCAAUCUGGGGUUUUUUUUUUCCUUUUUUUUCUUUUUUUUUGUCCUUUUUAGCAACUUGCCAAUGUGGGGCAGGCGUUUAAAAAGUAACACCAAAAAUAAUAAACCACUGGGGUGAUGUGUGGAUUGUUGUGAAUUUUGUGACGAGUAAUGAGAGUGUUGUCUUGUUGCAGAUGAUGGCAUUCAUGUAACCUGCAAAAGCAUCCUGUACUGAACUUGAGCCUGAAUGACUGAAACUAUCUAAAAUGCUCAGAGUGUUCAAUGUUUUAAAUGCAAAGGGUCAGCGCUUCACUUGAAAGAAAUCCUGUGGCUGCUGCAGUUAGCUGCUGUUGUGGCUGUACUUUAGUAAAUCUCGUAGUUCAUUUUGUGUUUCCGAGAGAA